GUUUAUUUACAGACUGAACAAAAUCGCAGUUUCUCCUCCGUCCUUUUCUUCUCCAUCGGAUUUCUUCUAUCCAUUCAUCUCUCUCUCUCUCCUCACCAAGGAUUCAUGUAAUUUUUUCUGCCUGAUUGUUUUGUGAACUAUGGAUCAGAGUGAUAGUUAUAAGGAAACAGACCAAGGGAAUGAAAUAAAGAGUGCAACAGAAGUUUUGAAUCAUACAGAAUCAUCUGACAUUAUCCCCUCUCCUGCAGAAGCACCCAGCAAACCAGUGUCAUUUGAACAGGAGAUCCCCUGUUCUGUGGAAGCACUGAGAACACCUGAAAUAGAAGUGUCGAAUAAUCAAGAGUCAUCUGACCUUAUCCCCUCUCCUGCAGAAGCAACCAACAACCCGGAGUCGUCAACAAUCCCCUUUUCUGCUGAAGUGCUCAGUACACCCAAGUUAGAUUUGUUAACUAACCCAGAAUUAUCUGAACACAUCCCCUCUGCUGCAGAAGCACCCAACAAACCAGAUUCGACUGAAGUAAAGAUCCCCCGUUCUGCCAACGUACUCAGUAUUCCCGGGUCAGGUGAAAAUAAGAUGUCCUCUCCUAUAGCAUCAAGCAAACCUGAUUUAAAUGAAAAGAGAGCCGCAUCCCCUGCAGAAGCAUCAAAUUAUAGAAAAAAAUUUCCAAAAUCAUUGAAGGGGAAAGCUAAAAUCGUUAAGAAAUCUCUGAUUGAUGACAGUUUGAAAGGUAGCAAAGCUACAAGUAGUUCAAUGGUUAAUGCAAAGAGAAGGAGGUUCAGAAAUAAGGGUUCCAAAGUGAGCAGCAACAAAAGAGAAGAUUCGAAGAAGGUGAGUUCAAUAAAAGAUAAGCAACAGAAAACUACUGAUGAACAGAAGAUGGAAAAGAGCAAUCAGGCACAGAAGAAUAAGGGAAAGAUGGAUGAAGUCGAAAAGAGCGAACAGAAGGAUUUAGAAAAACGCCAUGGGCCAGAAAAGAGAGAAAAGCCUGGUGGUUUAAUAUUUAUGUGCAGCGGGAAGACAAAGCCAGACUGUUUCCACUACCGUGUAAUGGGUGUUUCAAUGGGUAAAAAAGACACUGUGUUGAGUAUUAAACCUGGGUUGAAGCUGUUUCUUUAUGAUUUUGACCUUAAGCUUUUAUACGGAGUUUACAAGGCAUCCUCUUCAGGUGGCUUAAAACUCGAGCCAAAAGCUUUUGGUGGAGCCUUUCCUGCUCAGGUUCGGUUCAAUGUGGAUAAAGAUUGUCUUCCUCUGCCUGAAAGCGUUUUCAGGAAGGCAAUAAAGGAAAACUAUGAUGAAAAGAAGAAGUUUAAAACUGAACUUACAGUUCGACAAGUGAGAAAAUCUACCCCUCUAUUCUUCUUUCAGGUCAGGAAGCUCACAGCUCUUUUCCGUCCGGCUCAAGUUCAUUCAUCUAUUCUACCCACACAUUCCCCACUCAGGGCGAACAAUCGGGAAAGGGGAACUCGUGGGAGGGCGAGGGAAGUGCUGCCACUUUCACACAGGGAUGCUCAUGCUAGAGAUCCCUAUCGCGAUGGCGAUGCCAGGGGUCAUCCAUUAGUUGCUCAUGCUAAAGAUCCCUAUCGCGAUGGCGAUGCCAGGGGUUAUCCAUUAGUAGCUCAUGAAAGGGAGAAGCAUGCUGCGUAUCAUGAUGUGGGAUCUGCAAGGAGAGAGGAAAUUCCUCGUAAUUUGUACCUCUCUGAAAAGGAAUAUCGAGUUUAUGGUCUUCAAGGAGAGAGAAGAAAUCUUGCUACCCGCCCCAUAAGCCCAGUUGUAGAAGUUCAGCAGAGAAACUAUGAAGGGGACCAUCUUGUAAGGCAGCCUAACCUUUAUAGGGAGGCUGCCCCUGCACAUCGAGAAACUGUUCUUUCUGAUCCUCUCUACUUGAAUGAUCAAGAGUAUUCGGCUUAUACUGUUGGUGCUAGACACGAGUUGCAACCUGCAAUAUCAGUUUCCACUGUAGAUUUGUAUGCAAGGGAUCCCUACCAUAGUACCUAUAGCUAUUAUGGGGCUUCAUCGUUGGACAAAUAUGCAGCCCCUCAGAGGAGAGAGGAGUUUCCUUUGGGUUACUUUGCUGGUGCAAGGAGAGAAUCUUAUUUGGUUGAGAAUGAUCCCUUGCAAAGGAGAGCACCUGAUCAUGUAGAGAGAAGUUUGUACUCCACACAUGCUGCUGCUGCCAUUGAUGAUCGUUUAGAGAGAAGCUUGUAUUCAGGACAUGCUGCUGCUGAUGAUCGUUUAGAGAGAAGAUACUCAGCACAGGCCACUGUUGUUGGUGAUCAUAUAGGGAGAAGCCUGUACUCAGCACAGGCUGCUACUGCUGUUGAUGAUCAUUUAGGGAGAAGCCUGUACUCAGCACGUGAUGCUACUGCCCUGGAUGCUGUUACUCAGCCUGCGCCAGUUUCAUCUCGUUAUGCAUUCGCUGGUGCAUCAUACUCCUAUCGCUAAACCCUAGAAGCCAUAUGCUUUUGCUCGGGAAUCAUACUCUUAUGCUUUCACUGUUUUUCUUUUCUUUAACAGAGCUACAGUCUAUGUUUCUCCAAGAAGGCAAGAACAACACAAAUGUUUGUUCCUUGAGACAAAAAGGGCAAAUAUUUGGAAUUCUUUUAUCAUUCUGUUAAAACAAACGUAUCUCCUAGUUCUUUAUUGAACUAAGCAGUUUAAUAACAAAGUAUAGCUCCAUUUUGUA